AUGGCUGGGCUCGAAGGAGUGGUGUCUGUUUUACUUAAUCAAAAGAGGCACAUCCUUACCACCAAGUCAUGGGACUUUAUUGGUCUAACACAAUAUGCUGAAAGAGAAAAUUAUGAAAGUGAUAUUAUUGUGGGGGUUAUUGUUACUGGAAUUUGGCCGGAAUCUUCUAGUUUCAAUGAUGAAGGUUUCGGUCCUCUACCGACCAAAUGGAAUGGCAGUUGUAUUGCUUCAAAUUUUUCUUGCAAUAGAAAAAUCAUUGGAGCCAAGUAUUAUUUAUCUAGUUCUAAUGAACCCAUGAGCCAUGUAGAUUUUGAAUCUCCAAGAGAUUCAAAGGGACAUGGAACUCAUACAUCAUCAACCGCAGCCGGGAACCCAGUUACCAUGGCAAGCAUGCUAGUACUUGCACAAGGAACGACAAGAGGUGCAGUCCCGUCUGCACGCAUUGCUGUAUACAAAGUAUGCUGGUCAACUGGGUGCUUUGAUGAAAGUAUUCUUGCCGCAUUUGAUGAUGCAAUUCUUGAUGGGGUUGAUAUAUUAUCAGUAUCACUUGGAUCUGAUUCAGCAGACAAUAGUAAUCAUUAUAAGGAUGCAAUUUCUAUUGAAGCAUUCCAUGCAAUGCGUGAUGGAGUGCUUACGGUAGUGGCAGGAGGGAACUUAGGUCCACACCCUGCAUCCUUACAUAAUCUUGCACCAUGGACAGUUGUUAUUGGUGCAAGCACGAUAGAUAGAAAAUUUAUCACCAAGGUCAAAUUAGGAGAUAAUACAACAUAUGAGAUUUAUAUUGUCAUAACUAGACCUUAUUUCGAAUAUAUAAUGCGUCAAGACAUUGAAUUGAUACAUCAAGCUGCUAAUAGGUGGCUUAAUUGUUACGACUCGGCAGUAGAGUUUGUUAUCGACUAUUACUCGAAGAUUUUGAAUGGAUUUGUCGUAAAGCUGACCAGAAAAGAAUCAGAAAGAAUGGCGGAACUUGAAGGAGUUGUGUGUCUUCUUGCCGAUACAAAGAGAUACUCUCUCGUUACUCGAGAUGAUGAGAUUUCGUUGGCUUGGAAAGAGAAUUUAAGUUACAUAUUUUAUUUGUAA